AUGCGGAUCAUCCGACCUCUCGAGCCAGAGACAUCAUGGAUCCGCCUCCUUCAAUGGGGCGGCCGAGUCCGGCCGGCGGCGUCCAAGUUCCGAAAGCGAGACCUACGUACCGAAGCACAGCCCCAUGCGCGCGAUGCAGAAAGUCAAAGUAGUUGCGAUGCGACUACGGAGGCAAGGUCGGUCAAGCUUGUGUCCGGUGUGGAGAUCAAAGCUCGCACGACUGUGAACCUCCGCUCCAAGACCCAAAGCCGGCUCGAGGUACAGGGUCAGCGAGCUCGUCCGAUUUCAGUGUCCAGUGCCAGCGAUGGAUCCGAAUCUGCAGCUACGACCAAUGUCUCCUGGGCGCAGCACAUACCGGUCGUCGUCGGCGGCGGGAUUGUAACCGCAACUGCGGGACCUCAGACCGAAGCGUCGAGUCAAAUCACCUCUGACCUGCAGACAAUAUUCACAUACCGUGCGCAAAUGGGCAGCAAUGUGGAAAAGUCCACCAUCACCCCCUUGGGGAAUCGCGAGCUAUCCCCCGACAGUGUCAGCGAUCAAGAACACCCCGCAAAGCGCCUAGAGCCAAAUACAGUCGGUCGCAUCGCGUCUCAGAUGUCCGCAUUUGACGAUCCCGUCCAUUUAGGCUACGUUCACGAGGCUGAGGCGAACCUGCUCGUCACGCUCUUUCACGAUCACUUGAACCCUCUGAUAGCUGUACUGGACAGGCAAUUACACACUGCCUCCAUUCUGCGCAAUACCUCGCUUCUACUGUACACCGCUGUACUCGCGGCCACAAGCAAGUUCUUCAGGCCGUCAGGCUACAUCUCGCUCAACAACCACGCCAAGUCCCUACUCAGCAAGGCAAUUGAUACAGGGAGCUGCGAGACUGGCGUCGUAUUAUAA